AUGGCACCUGCCCCCAGCAACGGGUCCCAGGGAGCCACCACGCAGGCUGGAACAGGCCGGGUGUCCCUGGGCACACAGAGGAACAAGUGCCAUCUCUCUGUCUGGGAGAAGCCAGAUGGUGCCCCCGGGCCAUCAGAAGUGGUGCUGAAACCUCUUUCAGCCCAGCCCUGGGUGCAGUUUUCUCAUCCCCUCACCGAGUGCCCGCUCCCCCAGCCAGCACUGACCAACGAGGGCGUUUGGCACACUUGGUUUGGUGGUUUGGAGAAACAGCCCCGGACUGGCAGAGGGCCAGAUAACCUCAAGGAACAACCCUGGAGGGGCUCCAAAGCCAUCCCAGGGUGCUCUGAGGAGGAAAGAGCCAGCCUGUGCCAGGAAGGCAGCUGGAGCUUGAGCCAGAGCUGUGAGCUGGUGGUCCCUGAUCAGCCUCCCAGCAGGGAGAAGCCCUUCAGGUGCUUGGAAUGUGGGAAGAGCUUCAGCAGGAGCACCACCCUCCUCACUCACCAGCACAUCCACACUGGGGCACGUCCCUACUCAUGUGGGGAAUGCGGGAAGAGCUUCAAUGACAGGUCCACUCUGAUCCGACACCAGCGCAUCCACAGUGGGGAACGGCCCUACACGUGUGGGAAAUGUGGGAAGAGCUUCAGGAACAGCUCCCACCUCCUCAGCCACCAGCACAUCCACACUGGGGAACGACCCUACUCAUGUGGGAAAUGUGGGAAGAGCUUUAGUCAGAGCUCCACACUCUGCACCCACCAGCGCAUCCACACUGGGGAACGGCCCUACACAUGUGGGGAAUGUGGGAAGAGCUUCAGGGACAGCUCCAGCCUUCGCACCCACCAGUGCAUCCACACUGGAGAACAGCUCUACAAGUGCUUGGAAUGUGGGAAGAGGUUUCAGACCAGCUCACAUCUCCUCAGGCAUGAACGGACACACACGGAUGAGAGGCCCUUCCGCUGCACCGACUGCGGGAAGGGCUUCAAGCACAACUCCACCCUCGUCACCCACCGGCGCAUCCACACCGGGGAGAGGCCCUACAAGUGUGGGGAGUGUGGGAAGAGCUUCAGUGACAGCUCUGCCUUGACCAAACACCAAAGGACCCACCAGUAAGGGAAGCCCUACCAGUGCCCCGACUGCGGGAAGAGCUUCGGCCGCUGCUUCUACCCCAAAUGAAACCCCUGAUGUUGAGGCAACCCCUGAAAUCUCCCCAUGAGUGUUGGUCUGGGGGAGUUCCAUCCAUCUCCUAUUAAGAAUUAUUGCUUUUGUGUCAGCUUGAGUAGAAUUACUUCAACAAUUGCUUUAGUGUAGAGCACUGUCCUAUCUUAUCCUGUACUCCUGGUAGUUUUAGUGUUUCUCUUGUGCAGUAAAUAAUUCUGAUGAAG